UACAGUUAUUAACACAGUUUCGUUUUAUCAGUCCAACUCGUUAAAUAACAGUAGGAUGAUGGCAGAGUCCUCUCAUAUGACAGCAUGCUGCAGAACGUGUUAUUAGGAGUACGAGUAGAAGUAUAUUCCAGUCUGUGCUUUAUAAAGCCGCUCACCUUUGAACUGUGAGCGGACACAAUCUCGCGCGCUCGCGUGACUUUACCUUGCGCGUGCUCGCGUUCUCCUGUGCUGCUGAUCUUUGAGAGUGCGCUGAGGAGACUCGCUGAAACCAUGGCAACGGAAGGGCAGAAAGUGGUGCUGAUCACCGGCUGCUCGUCCGGUAUCGGGAUGGGCAUCGCCGUGAUGCUCGCGAGGGACGAGAUGAAGCGCUACUAUGUCAUAGCUACGAUGCGGGAUCUGAAGCGGAAGGAUAAGUUGGUUGAAGCGGCUGGAGACGCGUACGGGCGAACUCUGUCUCUGCUCACGCUGGACGUCUGCAGCAGUGAAUCUGUCAAACAGUGUGUCGACAGCAUCAAAGAUCGACAUAUAGACAUACUCAUCAAUAACGCUGGCGUCGGUCUGGUGGGGCCGGUGGAGGGUCUCAGUAUGGAAGACAUGACAAAGGUGUUCGAGACCAAUUUCUUCGGUGUGGUGCGCAUGAUUAAAGAGGUCAUGCCCGACAUGAAGAGGAGACGCUCUGGACACAUUAUCAUCAGCAGCGUGAUGGGACUGCAGGGUGUGGCGUUUAAUGACGUCUACUCCGCGUCAAAGUUCGCCAUAGAGGGAUUCUGUGAGAGUCUGGCCAUCCAGCUGCUCAAGUUUAAUGUCACUAUGUCGAUGAUCGAGCCCGGGCCUGUACACACUGAGUUUGAGAUGAAGAUGAUUGCAGAUGUUUCUAAGAAAGAGUUUGCCGGAACUGAUGCCGAGACACUUCAACAUUUUAGGACCUGCUACCUGCCCAGCGCAGUGAACAUCUUUCAAGGCCUGGGCCAAACACCCGAGGACAUUGCCAAGGUCACUAAGAAGGUGAUUGAGUCGCCUCAUCCUCCAUUCCGUAACCUGACGAAUCCUCUGUACACUCCGAUCGUGGCGCUGAAGUAUGCGGACGACACGGGCAGCCUGUCUGUUCACACCUUCUAUCACAUGCUGUACAACCUGGGAGGAGUCAUGGAUGUUAGCGUUAGCAUCAUGAAGUGCCUGACCUGCGGAUGCUUACGGAGACUAACCAUCUCACCAGUCUAACACACACAUCUCCUGAGAAUACUUACAAAGAUCAAUCAUCUCAUCUAACAGAUGCACACAAACAUGCAGUAACGUACCCAUGUGUGAACACUGUGCUUCUCUAUUUACUGCACAGUAUCUGGAUAUUUUUUGCCAUACUGCAUUUACACCUAAAGUGUCCAGUGAUACACUCCAAAACACACCCUCUCUCAAACUCACAA